AUGUUCCUGACCCCAAAUAAACCUGGAAUUCUUACAUGUAAAACUCUAGGAAUAACAGAUAUUGAAUUUACAGCCAGAUGCAUGGGCGAUUGGGGUAGAUUAUCAGAAGCAGAGAAUGAAUGGACCUACCCUAUGAGACAAGAGAUGCAGGAAAUUUUACCUGGAUUGUUUUUAGGUCCAUAUUCUUCUGCUAUGAAAAGCAAGCUACCUAUACUACAGAAAUAUGGAAUAAUCCAUAUAAUAUGCAUAAGACAAAAUAUUGAAGCAAACUUUGUUAAACACUUUCAACAAUUAUUUAGAUAUUUAGUCUUGGAUAUUGCAGAUAAUCCAGUUGAAAAUAUAAUACAUUAUUUUCCCAUGACUAAAGAAUUUAUUGAUGGAAGCUUCCAAACUGGAAGAAAAGUUCUUGUCCGUGGAAAUACUGGGAUCUCCAGCAGAGCUGCCUUUGUUAUUGCAUUCAUUAUGGAAACAUUUGGAAUGAAGUACAGAGAUGCUUAUAUUCAAGAAGGGUUUUGUAUUAAUCCUAAUGCUGGAUUUGUCCAUCAACUUCAGGAAUAUGAAGCCAUCUACCUAGCAAAAUUAACAAUACAGAUGAUGUCACCACUCCAGAUAGAAAGGUCAUUAUCUGUUCAUUCUGGACCCACAGGCAGCUUGAAGAGAACACAUGAAGAAGAUGAUUUUGGAAACAUGCAAGUGGCGACUGCACAGAAUGGCUGA